UAGAGAUUGUAGUUAUUCUUCAGGCGAAUCCAGGCGAUUUCUUUUACUUCGAUCGCUAGUGAACCGAUUGUCACACAUACACCUUUCAGUUUCACACCUAGAACCCCUGGCUUAGAAGACAUCGUCUCAGAAUCCGUCUCGUUGACAUGCUGGCUGACAAAGGAUAAGUUUUGGGUAGUGUCAUCGUGUCGUUGUCGUUGUAGCCAUCGUCAUGCCCAAACGGAAGAUCGAGGAGGUCGACCUGACCCCACCGGGGUCUGAAGGUGAUGAGAGUAGCAACAGUAGCGGAGGUACAGACAGCAGUGUGGAUGUGUCUGUCAAAGGAUGUUUCCAGAAAUCCAAAAAGCCAAAACAUUCCGUGAAUUUUGAAGGUGUGAAAGUGUAUUACUUCCCACGUAUUCAAGGUUUUACCUGCAUUCCCAGUGAGGGGGGAUCAACUCUUGGUAUGGGAGACAAGCACACGUAUGAGGAAGAUUUCACUCUGGGAGAGUACUCCAAGGAGCAGAGGCGCAUCCACAAGAUGAUCGUGGAGGAACAGAAGCAGCAAGGUAAACUCGUGCACCUCCUAAAGCCCUCCAAGCCAGUGACUCUAGAGGAGAAGAGUGACUCCGAUCACGACUCCGACAGUGACUCUGAAAGCGACCCCGAGGUGGACGACUACUACUUCCUGCAACCAGUCCCCAUCCGCCAGAGGCGCUUGUUGCUGCGCCAAUCAGGCGUCAAGAAAAUAGACGGCCAAGAAAAAGAAGAGUGCAAGACGAUUCGCACAUCACGUGAAGUGUGCGGCUGCGAUUGCAAAGUGUUUUGCGACCCUGCCACUUGCGCCUGCAGUUUAGCGGGGAUUAAGUGCCAAGUGGAUCGCUUGUCAUUUCCGUGCGGUUGCACGAAGGAUGGUUGCGGAAAUCAUGCAGGUCGCAUCGAAUUCAACCCGAUCAGGGUCCGAACACAUUUUAUUCACACGCUCAUGAGGCUGGAGCUUGAGCGGAAAGACGCUGAAACAAAAGCUUUGAAAGCCCAGCGGCAGUCCUUACACAAUGGCACAGCGCAAACGCAAAAGGAAGAGCAAGCGAAAGAGCUUGUGCCGACAGAGGAGAAUCUGGAUGAAGACCAGUGGGAAUACAAUAGCAAUGAGAAAGGCAGCUGUAGAGAUUGCCAGAAUUCUGAAAUCUGUCAUGUCAUGAUGCAGGAAGCGCAGGCGCAGUAUGCCAGGACUUUGGAAAAUGAGCAGCGCUGCCUGCCACAACAACAGCAACACUUCACGCCAGACUUGCACGGGGUGAGUCUUCAGAACAUUGCGCCUCAGGCAGGCGGCAUCGCGUCGCCCCUUCCCCGGGUUCUUCUUUUUAGCGACAAUGAGGAGGAAUUUUACACGGCAGACAACACGACAAGCAUGUUCCAUUUUAAACAGGAGGAAAGCUCAUACUCUGAGAGCAGUGACUGUUCAAGUGAAAACAGCAUUGAUAAUAGCAAUAACUACAACAAGUCAUAUCAGAGUCUGUCAACUUUUGACUCCAGCACAACAGCCAACGGCAGCGCAGCGAGUUUCUGCACAGAUAAUGGAGGAUCUGUCACCCAAUCAGAGCCUCAGAAAUACAUUGAUCUCAACAACUCUCCUGCUCCAGGCAUGUUUAAGCUUGAGCCAAUGGCUGGUGUUUUGAAUGGCGUUCGUCCUGCAGAGUUUGCAGAGAGUGUCCAGUCAGCUGUUUUGCCAGCUUGGCCCGAAAACGGUGAAUCCGCGAACUAUGCGCCAUGCACCAAGGCGUAUCCCCCGCCCACUGAAUCCCACCCCUCCCAGCCUCCUUUCUCAUACACUACAAUGACAGACACAACUUCUGAUCAGUUGGCUGAGAGGUGCCCAGGAAUAUCCACCCACAUGAAGAAUCAAAAUCUGAGCAAAGACGUGAACGGUGAAUUAGCUCCCUUUACGCCAGGUUCCACAGGAUCCCUGCACUCUGAUUCAGAUGUCCUAUGUGGUGGUAGCCUGGACGGUUUUCCUCUAAGCCCUCCGCAGACCACAGACAACACCUGCAGCGGCAUUGGCAGCGACUCGUCCAGGUCACCUGUGUACACAGAGGUCAACGGUAACCCACUGGGUGUCGCGGAAAACGAUUCCGCUGACCUCUCAAAAUCGCUGUUUAACUUCGAAAAAAGCGACAAUCAUCUUCAGACUCCAACAUCUGUCGACAUGAAAAGUGUGGCAUUAUCGGGCAACCUUGGGAUUGAGUUUGCCUCAGAGAUAUCAGUCGCGCAUGACUCCCAUUCUGACUCCCAGGGAAACUUCACAAGUGCUAGCCUAAAGCCCAUAGACGGCAAGCCUAAUUUUGGUGAGCUUAUUAAGGAAUCAUUGGUUGAAACAGCCAUUGCUUGACAAUUUAUUUUUUUUUUUUUUUUUCACAUUUCUGAAGAUGGAUCAAAUUUUCAUGCAAUUUGCUAAAAGAUUUUCGUACAAUAUUUAUAUGGAUCACAAGUCUUGUCAGAAAAUUUUGUAAUGUUUGAGGAGUGAAAGUGUACAUUUCCAUGACAACUGGAAUGAAAAUGGCGGCCGUUGAAAUUACACUGUAAUUUUGUUCAGGGUAUUCAUGUCGGCUCCUGUGAAAAUUUUCAACAAAAUGCACAAUGAUUAUUCUUGUGCAUCGGCAGCAUCACAAGAUUUUGCAUGCUUGCAUUUAAGAGGAUUUCGAAAGGUCGCAAGUUUAUUUUAGACAGCGAAGAGUGCUUAAUUGACACAGUUGGAAUGUUGCCAAAUUGAGUUGUCUUUCCUUGAAUGGGAGCAAAGGGAUUGUGACUUGUGAAAUGACCCAGUACUCAAUACUCAUGGUGUUUUCAUGGAGAGAUAUUUUAUAAGAGAAUCCCAGCUAACAGAAGUGGUUUUCAGUUCAAAUGUUGAACGUCCUCGUUUUACAUACUGUAUACAUGGUUUAAUAUUUGACAGAACAAUCAUAUGGAGAGUUUAUCGUCAGAUAUUUUUAUCGGACCUGAGCAGAAGUCUUGUUGACCUGCAGGCAAGCUACUGAGAGAAUGAUGCUGAUAUUGUCAUACACAUUUACGUGUUCUUCUGAAUGAAUUUCUUUUUUUUUUUUCUACAAAAAUCAUGAUAAUCAAAGAUUCAGAUCACCUCCACAUUUUAUCUACAUUUCAUCCAGUCGCAUAUCAAACUGAUGAUGAUUUCAGGUUUUUGUUUUUUUUUCUCGUUAGUUUAAAUUAAUUAAGUGUCAACACAACCAGGAUGUGUGUGGUGACCAUGUCAGUUUGAAGACAAAAUGAGAUCCAUUUUUGCAACAAUCAACAGUCCAAGAGAUAAAAUGUUUGCCAUUCACAAGCGUUUCUUAAAUUGCCAAAGUUAUUACAGUUUUUUUGGUUAACUCUUUGAGUAAUGUUUGUUUUAUUUAAAGAUCUACCCACAUACAUGUGCAUACAUGUAGUCAUUGUUGAUCUGUUUUUCUGGUGGUAUUUUACAUAUCAAAAGUCACAACUCCCUUGUUAAAAUGAUGGCAUGCAGUUUGUUUUU